GCAUCUUGUCGUGAUAAUCCACGUCGAAAGUUGUGAAAAAUGAUCGCACGAAAAUGUUCGCGAGUUAAUUCCAUUUUUUGGCCGAGAUGAAUUUUUUAAUUCCCUGUAAAUAAAACAAUUCAAGAUUAAAUGACAAAACGUUCUGAGUGAUGUUAUGCUAAAAAAUGUCAAACUUUCUAAUGGAAAUGUCAGAUUGCACCUGGCAACACUAAGUGUUGCCUAGUCCGGAAAUAUAUAUAGCAGCCUAUGUAUUGACAAGGAACGUAUUGAUAUUGUCACAGGAUUCUAAUGUGAUUUACCAAAGUAUAAAGUAAAUCGUGUUCAUGACAACAUUUGGUUUAAUCUUUUUGUGACACAGUUGGAAGUUAAUCGAUUUUGAACACUAUUGGUGCUUGUAUGUCAUCUACAGAAAAUAUUAAUAACUCAACCAAGAGUGCUUUGCUGCAAAACCAAAUGUCGGUUGUUGGCAGUCAUACGCCGAAAAGUGAAGACACUGAUGCUCUCGAAGGUACUAACAUUAGUAAUACCACCAAGUAUAAGAAUGCUACCCUAGAAUGGAUGUGUUGUGCACCUUGUAUUUGGUUGCGAACUUCGACAACCGUUCAUAAAAUUGCUAUAACGGCAGCUACAAUUUUGGUAACAGCCUUGUUGGUUGCAUCCCCAAUACUAUUUUUAAUAAGUACAGCUCCUUCGCGCCUACCAAAAGAGUGUUUUUCCAGCACUGAUGAAUGUGUUUCAACAUCUCCUCCCCCUAUAGAAUGCACAGAAAUAAUAUGUCAAGCAGUUGCUGACAGUAUUCAAGGAAACAUCAAUUGGAAUUUGGAUCCGUGCACAGAGUUUAAAAAUUUUAGCUGCUCAGGAAAUAUUCGUACUACAAAGACUGUGCGGAGCAUUCAAGGAACUGUUGACACUCAGAUGCAAUAUCUCCUUCAGCAUAAUACCACAAAGGGGCCUUUUCGAAAGCUUGGACGACUUUUUAGCAGUUGCAUGCGGCAAACAACGAAUUCUUCAACUAUAAAAUUCAUUUUAGAACAGCUUGGUGGUUAUCUCCCUACAGGAACGGUUGGUCCUACUUCAAUAUCAUCUUUGAUUAAAAAAAUGUUGAAAUUGGGUCCAACGCCUCUUAUUGAUAUAUAUUACGAUUUAAGCUACGGCCGCCGUCCUCAAGUGUUGUUAAUAAUAGGCAGACCUGGAACUUCACCGCCAAUAUUAGAGAAAAAUAUACGCUAUUCCGGUCCAAAAGCACCACCGUAUGAGUUUAAAAAUGGAAAAUAUAAACUGCUAAAGAAACUGCUAGACGACUUUUUACCAAACGAGCUUUCUUCUGAUCAAAAGUCUUCAGAGAAAGAGACGAUUUCCACAUUUAUUGACGAACUAAACCAAAUUCGUGUGGAACAUACUCUUCGUGGUUUCUGGAACAGUUCGGUUUUAUACAACAUUUCCUCACUGCAGGAUAUUUAUCCCCUGCUUAAUUGGACCGAUUUAUUGCCAUAUAAAUGGAAUAACCCUAUCGUGGUUCGAAGUCCUGAUUAUAUAAAAGCAAUUGAAGAAUUGCUAGUCAAAUAUUCUACACGCGUUGUACAUAAUUCGAUGCUAAUUCUUUUUACUCUUGGAAUAUUGCCACCAGAUAAUCCAAAUCCAAUAAUAUGUACUCGCGCUACAAUGUGGGCUCUUCCCGAUGUAACUUCGGCAAUUUUUGUGGCUCACCAUUCUACAAGAGAUAUUAAAAACGCAAUAAAAAGAACCAAUCUUAUUUUCAAAUCACUCAAAGCUUAUUUAAAGCGCGCGCCUUCACUUAAAGGGGCAGCGCUAGUUAAACUUUCGUCACUACGAAUACAAUCUCAACCUUGGAAUGGCUUUAUUAAUAUUACUUAUGCAGCAAAAGAUUUGGAGUCUAUGGAUAUAUCCUCAGACGACUGGUUUGAAAAUAUAUUAAAAAUAUUUGGCAGAAAUAAAAUCGACCCCACAUCCAUAAAUAUUGAUAAAAAUUCUCACGAUACGACAUGUUAUCGUAAUACCUGUUUAAAAAUGCCAACGGAACUAGAAAAUAAUUUUCUUAACUUGGACCCAAGCACAGAAAGAUGGGCUUAUCCAAUUAUUUCAAAAGUAUUCUAUGAUACACUAAGCCACUCAAUAGUGGUUCCUUUAUCCGUUAUGCUGGUGCCAUACUUUGAUGACAGACUACCGCCAUAUCUACAGUAUGCCUCAGUUGGCGUCCACAUUGCCAAAGAAAUUCUACGAUCUAUUACGAAAAGCUUCGAGGAUAAAGCAAUUCGCUGUGUACCCGAAUCAGUCAAGGUUUUCUCAAAUCACAGUCAAAUGGAGAUACUAAUACACUCUGGAGGAAUGCAAAUAUCAUAUCAUUCAAUGUUAUCUAUAACCGGGCCGCUGAAAGGAAUGGCUCGUUUACCAUCUUUGAAUUUGACUCCUACCCAAAUUUUUUUUUUGGUAACAUCACAAGAGCUGUGUGAGGAGUCUAACUAUAUUGGUAUAGAUACAGAAACGGCGGAUUUCGAACACAUGUUCAUUGGUCGCCGAGGGAUGCCACAGAAAAUAUUCAGCGAUAACGCAACCAACUUUGUCGGCGCCGACCGCAAGCUGCGCGAGCUGAAGGAGGCCUUUCUGGCGCAAGCUCCAGAGCUAAUGAGAUUCGCAGCCGAAGAAGGAUUCAGCUUCGGCUUUAUACCACCCAGGGUGCCGCACUUCGGUGGAUUAUGGGAGGCGGCGGUGAAGUCCGCCAAGCAUCUGGUCGUUCGCGCACUCGGCAACGCUCUACUAACGACGGAAGAACUCUCAACGCUAUUGGCCGAAGUGGAGGCCAUCCUCAACUCUCGCCCUCUAGUACCUCUGCGCCAACAUCCAAACGACGGCGAGGCGUUAACACCAGCGCAUCUAUUAAUAGGAUGCUCCCUGCGGGCAUUACUCCCAGAGAAGGUGCCAGUGGCCCCAGUUCGUUGUUGCGAGAGAUGGAAACUGUUUGCAGUCUCAAGCAACAGUUCUGGCGACAGUGGUCCAAAGUAUACCUGACGGGCCUUCCGGAGCGCAACAAGUGGCUGCACCCCAAACGCAAUAUGCAGCUCAACGACCUCGUUCUCGUCCACGAGGACAACGUGCCGCCGCAGCAGUGGGUACUAAGGCGCGUCGUCGCAACCGUCGAAGGGCAAGACGGCAAGGUGCGAGUCGCAGAAGUAGCAACCAAGACGGGCUCGAUUAAGUGCCCCAUCCACAAACUGGCCGUCCUUCCACUGGAUAUUGAAGAAAUCUGAUCCUGUCAAGGUGGCGGUUGUUGCGUCAAGCGACAAAAUAUAUAUUUAAACCUAAAACUAAAAUUAAGUAAAUUGAAUCAGAAAAAUUAUAAAAUAUUGAAUUAUAUUAUUGUAUACUUACCUUAAUAAUCCAUUUGUAAUACUAAUAUAUUACUCACCUUACUUACCUCAACGUAAUCUUUUACAAUAGUUAACAAAUGUUAAAAAUUAUUAUACUUACCCCUUUUUUUGUAAUACAUAUUAACAUUACCCCUAGUUUAAGCCGUUAGUUUUAAGAUUUAGGCUAAGCAACUAGAUGAAAUGGAAUAAAGAAGUAAUUGUUAUUAGACCGCCAU